GAGAAAGGGAGAGGGGCAGUUUCGUCCUCGUGACAAAGCCCUAAACCCCCGUCGGACCUGGAAGAGCUCGUCCAUGGUCGAACCUCGAAGCUAAAUGGAAGCUCUCGCUCAAGAUCAAGCCGACGUCGCGCCCCCUCCCAAAGCCCCAGAGCAGCAGCAGCAGCGACCGCUCUCCAAGAACGCCCAGAAGAGGCUCCUGAAGCAGCAGCGGUACGAGGCGAAGAAGGCGGAGAAGAAGGCGCUAUUGAAGGAGCACAAGAAGCGGGAGGCCGAGCGGAAGCGCAAGGAAUGGCAGGAGGCCCUCGAGAGCGCGACCGAGGCGGAGCGCUCGAAGCUGAUCGAGUCGAGGAGGGAGCUCCGGCGGGAGCGGAUGGAGAAGCGGUCGGAGGAGCGGGAGGGGAAGCUCCGGAGGCUCGAGGGCGCGAGAGAGAGCGGGCAGAAGAUCGUGAUCGACCUCGAGUUCGCUCACCUCAUGUCGGCUAACGAAAUCAGCAGCCUCUGCCAACAGAUUAUGUACUGCUACGCGGUGAAUGGGAGAUGCGCGUAUCCCUGUCACUUAUGGCUGACUGGAUGCGAAGGAGAAAUGGGGAGCCAGUUGCAGAGAAUACCAGGAUUUGACAAGUGGUUUGUCGAGAAGGAAGACCGAUCUUAUGUCGAGGCAUUGCAGGAUUGGAAGGAGAAUUUGGUGUACCUGACGGCUGACUCGGCGAAUGUGCUCGAUGUACUCGAUCAGAAGAAGAUUUACAUCAUUGGUGGGUUGGUGGAUCGCAACAGAUGGAAAGGACUGACCAUGAAGAAAGCAGAGGAGCAAGGGAUACAGACUGCAAAGUUGCCCAUUGGGAAUUACUUGAAGAUGUCGAGCUCCCAGGUCCUUACUGUGAACCAAGUCAUGGAGAUACUCCUCAAGUUCUUGGAGACGAAGGAUUGGAAGGAUUCCUUCUUUCAUGUGAUUCCUCAGAGAAAGCGAUGUGAAGCGGAUUCAAUCCAGCCUCAAGGCGAAGCUGAAGAGGAAGACAAUGCAGAGGACGAUCUGUCUGAGAGUAACAAGGAGCGUGUCGAAGUUCCUCCUCCUAACUGACAUAUAGAUUAGCGGUAACUCAUAUUUGGUUAAUUUCCUUACUUGCAAUUGUGAAUUGGGAAAGCCAACAAUCACAAGUUCAUUGAUGAUCAUCUGGCUCUGGCUUAGCAUUUUUGUAUCCUGCCGUCGCCCUCGUGAUCCGUCUCUGAUUUGAGGCUUUGAGGAGAUAUAUAACCUUUUGUUAUCAUCAAUGGGUUCUCUAAAUGCAUGCUGGCUUCUAAUAUGCCUUUCUUCUGGAUGGUCACAGCAAAUGCUGCUUUUGGAAUAGUGUCAUCAUGUGGAAAGUGAGCUCUUUUGCACUUCUGCCCUUGAAUACAUAACAUGGUCACCUUUUCAUC